AUGACGACGAGAAGGAUGCGGUGCACCGAGAAUCUCCCUGCGUACUGCGAGCGUUUGACAGUCCGGCUUAGAGUCCUGCACCUGUCGAACUACCCACGCUAUAGCAGAACAUUUGCAUUCGCCAUACUUCCAUCUUUCGUCCAGGAUAGGAUCCGACCUUCAGCAAAGCCGCAAAAGCCAUUGCAUCCCACAGGCUUCCUUGAUGGCAUGAGAGGAGUGGCAGCUUUCUUGGUCAUCGUGUUCCAUCUUGUGGUCUGCUGUUACGACGCCAAACAUGGCUAUGCAUCUGGCGAUCACGGUCAGCAUCGAGAGUUCUUCAAGCUUCCGUUCAUCCGCAUCAUCUACGCCGGACCUACCAUGGUCUCAAUCUUCUUCGUGGUAUCUGGCUAUGCAUUAUCCUACAAACCAGUCAAGCUUAUGAGGAGCAAGAGCUGGCAGAGCCUGUCGCAAUCGCUGGCUUCGUCGAUAUUCCGUCGAGCCAUUCGUUUGUUCUUGCCUUGCAUUGUAUCAACCUUUUUCAUAUCUAUGAUGAUCUGGUCGGGACUAUACGACUGGGGUGCCGAUUUCGCAAAAGCGAGAGGACAUUACAAUCCCAAGCAUGACAUCGACAUCCCGAAGUUCGACUCACUGGCUGCACAAAUGGCGUUCUGGGCGAAGGAGACAUCCACAAAGCUGAUCAAUCCCUGGUCUUUCGCCGCAAAAAGCACCGAGGUAACCAUAGAUGGGCACCUUUGGACAAUUCCGGUUGAGUUUCGUUCUUCCCUAGUACUAUAUCUUACACAAGCUGGUCUGGCGCAUCUCAAGAGCAAAGUUCGCAUGGCCAUUCUAGUGUUUCUCAUCAUCUGGGUACAUCAGAUGGGUCGCUGGGAGAUGAUUCUCUUUUACGGCGGGUUCCUCUGCGCUGAUCUUGGAUUCCAUCGUUCUUCGACAUCAACACCAGCUCUGCCCACCGGUACCUCGACCACAAAGUACAGAAGAAGCAUACUCAAGCCUUUGGUCUACGUUUCAGUCUUCCUCCUGGGAGUGUACCUGGGCUGCCAGCCGCAGAAGAGUGCAGGCAAGACUCCAGGCUGGGUCACGCUUGUCAGUAUGAUUCCAGACCACAUCGGCAACCCUAAGCGGUACUGGCCAGGGUGGGGUGCCAUCUUGCUUGUCUGGUCUACUUCCUGCUACAAGCCGUUGCAACGCCUGUUCGAUAACAAGUUGUCGCAAUACCUGGGCAAGAUUUCUUUCUCCCUGUACAUCGUCCAUGGCGCUGUAACCCAUGUGAUUGGGUAUCCGCUGAUGAACAUUCUUGAUGGUGCUGUGGGUCGAGACCAUGCUUUGAACAGGGCAGUCGGGUUCGGAGUCGGGUCCGGAGCGACUCUGUUCUUUACGGUCUGGUUCGCUGAUCUGUUCACCACAACGGUCGAUGAGCCAUCAGUCAGGUUCGCGAGAUGGGUGGAAGAGAAAUGUAAUGUCUCGGUCGAGUAG